AUGGCUGUGGACCCUCCGCGUAGUAUCGUGUACGAGCACGACAAGAGGGCCAAGGAGAAGGUCCGGAAAUGUGGCGGCAGCGCGAUGCGCAAGACACUCAAACUCGGACAAGAGGCGAGGGUGUUCACCGCGACCAUCCAUUUUAAUCCGACCUAUGGACAGCUGGACGGGGCUGUCCACGUCCCCGAAGGCCAGAGCAUCCCGGACAUCAACCAAUUUCUACUGGAUUUGUACCACGGCCGACAACAUAUCGACCGCCGACGUCGCAGCCGUCUUACCCGGUCCACCGCCCGCCACCUGCGGCGGGAGAGCACGCCGGUGCUGGAUGAAAUUACCGUCGAGAUGAGCGACAGCGAGAGCCAGGAGCUGCCGACUGAUGCGGGGAAAGAAGGUGCCCCAAGGGAAGACGCCAACGCGGAUCCACAACCAGACCCGACAGGAGACCAACACGAAUCGCACCAACUUGAAGGGAAGGCAGAAACAGCUGCAGGAGAUGUGCCAGAAAGCGCGGGACAAACCAUUCAGAGCGUGGCAGACUGCGUGGAAGUGGAAGACGACGCCGACGCCGACGCUGACGGCUCCCCGGAAGCUGUUGCCAUGCCCCUCCAGGCGUUAGGAAGGGAAGGAGAGGAAGCAUGGGCAGACUGUGGGGCAGUUCAGGGACUUUCGGCCACGGACGGUCUCAUUGAGCCAGGGACGAGCGACGUGGAGAUCGGCUGUCAAACAAGCAUGGAUGGCGACAUUGACUGGUCCGAGCUAGAGUUGCCUGGCAUGACGGAGAACGAGCAGGCACCGUCUGAUUGGCUGGUCGUGGGCGCUGAGGAUGCCCUCAACGGCGAGCUGGCAAAAGCUGCGGAAGACCCAAGGAUCGCAAGCAUGCAAACAAAAAGAAUAGACCAACGACGCCGGUUGUUCGAACGCGUGUCGAAAGAAAUGUGGCGCGCGAGGCAGAAUCGCGCGGCUACCGAGGUCGCGGUAGCAGGCGGUUCGUAUAACGGUUAUGGUGUGCAUGGGCGGUCCGGAAACAACCUUGAGGAUGGUUACGAGCAAAGAUCUCAUCCCGCAGCCAAAACGCAGGGCGGCACAUCAUUGACGCCCCGUCGAACAGCACAGUCACCGAGGAGAGGCGAAUCCGGGUGUGGCGCCUCGGUGGAGCAACAGGUUCGCUUCUUUCAGGCUCUAGCCCUGCGGUUCCGCUGUCAAACAGGUGCAGACUGA